CUCAGCACCCGUCACCACACUAUGUCUGCCUCAGAGAGCAGGCCCGACUCCGACACUCCUUUCCUGUCACCGCUCGCCAGCGCUCCAAAGUUUUCACCGCCGUCAACGAGAAACGUUUCCCCUAUUCGUAGGCCUCUUCACGACAGGUCAAACUCGCAAACCAACCAAUUUGCCGGUCCUACCAUUCGUGUCGUCGAUGAUCCUGGAACCGACGUCUAUUCAAAGACACCAUUUCCGAGUGAGCCAUCGCAAAUCUUACCACCACAUAAUGCGCCGGGAUAUGCGUUCGAGCGCAGGGGUCCUCGCGUUUCAGAAGGAGGAACUGUUGCCAAUGCGGUCGCAAAGCUCGAAGCCACUAGGACCCUGGUCCCCAAACCACUGCAGAAUAGCAAGAAAGCAGCCAGACACUCAGCCUCCACUAGCACCUCAGAAGCAGACACUUUCAUAGCAUCUUCGUUUUCUCCCUCAUCCACUCGGUUCUCUCAGGCCAGCACACCCCCGUCCUCGCCCUCUGCUCGCUCGUCACUCGUUACCGGGAAGGAAUUGGAACCGCUUGAAGAGGUCCCCUCAUCACCAUCAAGGUCUACCAUUCGGCUUAUUGCUCCCUCUACUUCCGCCAGCUCCGAGGCGCCGUCUGAAAGUCACGCAUUAACUCCAAGGGCAUCUGCCGCGUCGCUUGCUUCCACUGCGUCAUUGGGCACCCCCGAUACUCAAGUACAUCACAGGAGGUCGUCUUCCAAUUUCGUUGUUCUGAACGACACCCCCUCUACUCAGGGCCACAGGCGUACACCAUCGUCACCGUCCAGCAGGAAGAAGCAGGCUUCAUCUGACAAUACACCGUCGCGUCGACCCGUUUCGCAAGCAUCUUUCGCGCAAUCACUCGCUUUUUCUGACAUCACUUCCAUCAGCGAACAGCCAAGACCUUCUACACGAGGUACAGAGAUUAUUCAUGAAGCACGUACAACAACACUCACGAGUGGAACGCCAAUCAACUAUCCCGUCGUUCGCGCCCCUUCCGCCAGCAGCCUAUGGGCCGAGUCGCAAGAGUUGCCAUCGAUUUCCUCACGAAUGAAUAACCGCAACUCACAGGUGCACCAAUGGAGCUCACAGCUUUCUACCAUACACUCGGAAUCAGAACGCGCUUCGCAUUCGCUCAGCGUGCGCUCGUUUUCCCAAGAUGGUGCUUCAAAUUCGGGACGAGGUUAUAUACCACACGAAAGACACGCGGUUGAAAGCAUCGCUUCUUCUGAGAAUGUCUCGGCAAGUGCUACCGAUUCGUCUGUGGCGAUACCUCUUCCAUUGUUUUCCCCCUUGACUGGUCCUUCACAUCAUGACGAGAAGGGAUCGGAUGAAGCGCUUGAUACUGUGUCGCCAUUACAAUCACCUCCGCUUCGAAUGAAACGGUCGGGUCUCUUGCGAAGAUUGGACAGUGACACACGCUCAACACGAUCGAAUUCCUCUUCGCGACCCAGCUCGUCACAAUCAGACUUAUCCACCUUCUUCACCAACAGCAUCCCUGGAUGGGCGAGAGUUUACUACCGAAAAGGCGAACGUGUAUCAAUCGGUGCACCAGAAUCUCUUUCAGACUCGUCUGAUAACUAUCGCCUACAUACCGCACAAAGUGGGCGCACAACCACACCUUCGGAAGGCAACGCUCCGUUUGGAAUAUACCGCCCACGUAACAGGCCUCACGAACGAAUAUCACAGGCCGAGUCACUUUACUUGUCGGAUGAAUUAGACAACCAGGAACCUUAUGUCAUCGGUCGUGAGCGACUUAUGAGCCCGCCCUUCACCCCUCGUCUACGCCAGGAUCGCCGAAGCCAAGCUCAACUCAGUGCUUGGAAAGCACCUUCCUUCGACGAGAACUUCGGAUCAAUGUUGUUCAGCCGUCAAAACCGGCAAAUUGUUCUGUUCUGCUUUGGUUUUCUCUGUCCUCUAUUAUGGAUGGUCGCUGCAGUCCUCCCUUUACCUCCCGACCCGACGUCCAAAAAACCCAGAGACAGCCAAAUGGACAUUGAGCGUCAGCUUGAACGCAACUUCGGACCCGUCGACGACAAAUCAUUCAAAAAAGCCACUUGGUGGCGCAAUUUGAACAGGGUCAUGUCUGGCUUGGGGACUCUGCUUAUCGGAGCAAUUAUCGCAUUGGCCAUAUUGGCUUCUCGAAUGAAAUAG